UUUAACGUCAAGGAGAGUUGGAAGUCAGGAAUCAGGAUAACACAAAUAGAUUACAGAGCAAAGCAAACAUCAAAACUUCCAAGAGGAUAUGGUUCGCGCCAUUAAUGGCAUCAACCUUUUCUCCUCCUCAGCUCUUUCUCUCUCCUUUCCUUCACUCUCCACCUUUUCAAUUCCCCCCAAAACUCCUUCCCUCUUCUUCAAUUUUUCUCUCCAAAUCCAACUCUUUCUCAACUUCUGCUGCUCAUUUUCUGACAAACCCACGAAUUUCACCAGUGUUCCAGCAAUCCCAUCUCCCAUUUUCUCCCUCUAGCCCGCCUGAAGACGACUCGUUUUCACACGAGAACGCACAAACUCUGUACCAUAAGUGCCUCGAGCUGCUUCGGCUGUCUGCCCGCUACGCCGAUGUUGAGCUAGCAAGAGCUGUUCAUUGCUUGAUUGUGAAGUUGGAUGAGGAUAAUUACUUGCUUAAUUCGCUGAUUACUGCUUAUCUUAAACUGGGUUUGCUUAAUGAUGCUUAUAAUGUGUUUAUGGGGAUUUCGAAUCCUGAUGUUGUUUCUUAUACUGCGAUUAUUUCUGGGUUUGCGAAAUCUGGGUAUGAAUUGGAUGCAAUAGGGUUGUUCAUGAAAAUGAGAGAGAAAGGAAUUGAGCCUAAUGAGUUUACCUUCGUUGCUUUUUUGGCUGCUUGUUCUAGAAUUGGGGAGUUGCAAUUGGGGAUUCAGAUUCAUUCAUUUGUUGUUAAAUUAGGGUAUUUGUUUUCUGUUUAUGUUGCAAAUGCUUUGAUGGGGUUAUACAGUAAAUGUGGAGUUUUGGAUGAUGUACUCCAGGUGUUUGAUGAAAUGCCAAAACGAGAUAUUGCGUCGUGGAAUACUGUGAUAUCUAGUGUCGUGAAUGAACAGAUUUAUGAUAGGGCUUUUGAGUUGUUUCAUGAUAUGGUGAGGAUUGAUAGGUUUAGAGGUAACCACAUUACAUUUUCGAGCCUUAUAAGUGCUUGUGCAGGAAGUUGUGCAGGAGUGUUGGGGCGAGAAAUCCAUGCUCAUGCGCUUAAGAUGGGAUUUGAUAAUCAUUUGAGUGUUAGUAAUUCACUUAUUGGGUUUUACACGCAAUGUGGCACUGCUAAAAUUGUUCAGGCCUUGUUUCAGAGAAUGCCUAUUAAGGAUGUGAUAUCUUGGACGGGUAUGAUUACCGCUUUUAUGGAAUUUGGGAUGGUUGAGUUAGCUUUGGAAUAUUUUAAGAAGAUGCCAGAGAGAAACUCUGUCACUUUCAAUGCUGUUUUGGCAGGGCUUUGUUCGAAUUCUGAGGGUUUAGGGGCUUUAUCUCUGUUUUGUGAAAUGGUUAAACAUCGUGUUGAGUUAACAGAAUACACACUAACAAGUAUAAUUAGCGCAUGUAGUUUGCUUGGAGAAAAGAAUAUUAGUGAGCAAAUACAUGGUUUUGUGGUAAAGUUUGGUUUUAGAUCAAAUGUUUGUAUUGAAGCAGCACUAGUAGAUAUGUGCACAAGGUGUGGUAGAAUGAGUGAUGCUCAAAAGAUGUUUCAUCAGAGCCAGCAUGACCAAAAUCUUCCAAUAAAAUGGACGUCUAUAAUUUCUGGAUACGCUCGAAAUGCGCAGCCAGAGGAAGCGAUGGUGUUAUUCAGGUGGGGACAAUCUGAAGAAGCUCUGGUAGUGGAUGAGGUAGUAGCAACAGCAGUAGUUGGUAUUUGUGGAACUCUGGGAUUUUAUGAGAUGGGAGAGCAAAUGCACUGCCAUACCCUAAAAUCUGGGCACCUAUAUGAUGUCACGCUGGGUAAUGCUGUCAUCAGUAUGUACUCAAAAUGUGGUUCCAUGGAAGAUGCUUGGAGGGUCUUUGAUAUGUUGCCAAUACAUGAUGCAGUGUCAUGGAAUUGUUUGAUUUCCGGUCACCUUCUUCUAAUGCAAGGGGAUGAAGUGUUGGCUGUUUGGUCGAGGAUGAAGAAGGCAAACAUGAAGCCAGACCCAGUUACGCUUAUUUUGGUAAUUUCUUCUUAUAGGCAUACUAAGUCAAAUAUGGUAGAUGAUUGUCGGAGAUUAUUUUUCUCAAUGACUAGGGAGUAUGGUGUGAAACCCACUUCAGAUCAUUAUGCCUCCUUUGUUAGUGUUUUAGGUAAAUGGGGUUUCCUUGAGGAGGCCGAGGAUAUAAUAACCAAGAUUCCUUUUGAGCCAAAAAUCUCAAUUUGGCGAGCUUUACUUCAGAGUUGUAAUUUUCAUCCGGAAUCAACGGUUGGAAAGAGAAUAGCAAAACACAUUCUAGGUAUGCAGCCAGAGGAUCCUUCUACAUUUAUACUCAUAUCAAACUUACUCUCUGCAUCUGGUAGAUGGCAUUGUUCUGAAUUGGUUAGGGAGGAAAUGAGGAGUAAAGGGGUCAGGAAGCAUCCAGCACGUAGUUGGAUAGUUCAUCAAAACAAGGUUCAUGCAUUUUAUACAAGAGAUAAGACCCAUUCUCAAUCUAAAGACAUCUACAGUGGAUUGGAAAUCCUGAUCCUGGAGUGCUUAAAAGCUGGAUAUGUGCCUGAUACAAGCUUCGUCCUUCAUGAAGUGGAAGAGCAACAGAAGAAGGAGUUCUUGUUCUAUCAUAGUGCAAAACUAGCAGUGACUUAUGGCCUUUUGACGACCAAGCAAGGUAGACCUAUUAGAGUUACAAAGAAUGUUCUUUUAUGUGGUGAUUGCCAUAAUUUCUUCAAGUAUGUGUCAAGAAUUACUAAACGAGAGGUAUGUGUUAGAGAUACCUCAGGUUUUCACAGUUUCUCUAAUGGAGAAUGCUCAUGUGAAUGAACACCACUCUUAACUUGUACCUGCACUGAUUGAAUGUUGUCUUGCUGUAUCAAAGCGGUGGAGAUAAAGUUCAGACUCUUGUAUGUGAUGUAUUUGGAGGAUGAGAUGGCUGAAUGUAUAUACAUGUUGAAGGAACACUAAGUACAGUAGGAGAUGAAAUUUUGAGGUAUAUAAUAGAAAUUAACACACCACGAAAUUUUGGUGGACAUUAGUUUCCA